AUGACCUCCAUUGUUGAAUCUCUUCAUCGGGGACUUGUCUACCAUUCUCAGCCCCAGAAGUCUGCUGACACCUCUGUCCUGGCCGAUUGGGAGAUCCAAGCUGAGAAAUGCCGUAAAGUCCUUCGAGAAUCUCUCAACCCAGCUUGGCUUCUACCACCUGGUCAGCUUCCACCUGCCAACCAGCUCAAUGUCUCUACUUUCAUCGAGACAUGCGGCUUCCUCUCAGCACGAGAGCUGGAGAUCACAGCUACCAGCGCAACGAAGCUGGUGGAGCAAAUGGCCUCUGGCUCUCUGACGGCUGUCGAGACUGUCACUGCAUUUCUCAAGAGAGCACAUAUCGCACAUCAGCUCAUCAACUUUGCUACCGAGUUUAUGAGUGCUGAUGCUCUCGAAGCCGCUGCUGAGCUUGAUGCCUACUUCAAAGAAACCGGCAAAAUCAAGGGGCCCUUGCACGGUAUUCCGAUCUCAACCAAGGAGCAUAUAUGCCAUAAGGGACGGAUUGCUCAUUCGGCUUACGUCGCCCUUAUCGACAACGUUGCCGAAGAAGACGCCUUGCUUGUGCAGUGCUGUAAGAAGGCUGGAGCAGUAUUCCAUGUCCGAACGAAUGAGCCUCAAAGCGUAAUGCACAUUGACUGUUCCAACCCAAUCUACGGCACGACCGUGAACCCACACAACCGAACGUUAACAUGCGGCGGCUCGAGUGGAGGAGAAGGCGCUUCGUUGGGACUACGUUGCGCAGCUUUGGGUAUUGGUACCGACCUUGGCGGUUCUGUUAGAGUACCCGCUGCAUUUUGCGGUGCAUAUGGAUUGAGGACUACAGCACUACGCAACCCGUACAAAGGCGUGUGUCUUCCUGGUGCUGGGCAAGAGAGCAUCCGAUGCGUCAUCUCACCUCUAGCCAACACUGCAGAGGACCUUGGCCUCUUUCAGAGAGCUGUUCUUGAUCAGGAACCCUGGGAGAUUGAGACAUCGCUGGUGCCUCAGGCUUGGAAGCAGGCCAGUUCGCUAGAACCUGGUAACUUUACUAUUGGAGUUAUGUGGGAGGAUGGCCUUGUCCGACCCCAUCCCCCAGUCCUUCGCGCACUUCGAUGCGCCGUCGACAAGCUCAAAACUGCAGGCGUCACUGUAGUAGACUUUGAGCCAUAUAGUCAUCAAGAGGGCAUGGAUAUUGUGUCAAAACUAUACUUUCCUGAAUGUGCUGUGACACAGAAGGAACUCUUGGAAAAGGGAGGAGAGCCUAUUGCGCCGCUGUCGGACUAUAUCUUCAACUUUUCCCCGCCACGGCCUCUUACCAUACAGGAGAACUGGGCUUUCAAUGUCAAAAGAGACACUUUCCGAGAGCAGUAG